CAAAUUGUCAGUGACAAUCUUAGAGUAACUUUAUGUUCACCAGAAAAGCGUAAACCCAAACCUGAUGAUCCAAAUACACACAAAUUUGGAACUUUAUUUACUGAUCAUUUACUAUCAAUCAGAUGGACUCUUGAAAAGGGUUGGGACGAUCCAGAGAUUAUCCCUUUUCAGAAUUUUAGUCUUCAUCCUGCAACUAAAACUUUACAUUAUUCUCAAAAUCUUUUUGAAGGUUUAAAAUGCUACCGUGGCGAUGAUGGUAAGAUUAGACUUUUUCGACCUGAAAAGAACAUGGAAAGGAUGGUUACUAGUGCUAAAGAUCCUGCUUGGAUUCGAGCUUGGCCUGGAGGCGCUGGUUCAAACAAAUCAGCUCCCAAUUAUGGACCCACUUUAUCAAUACAGAAAAACGCCGUAAACAAGGGAUGUCAUCAAGUCUUAUGGUUAUUUGGAGAUGACGAACAAUUAACUGAGGCCGGUGCUAUGAAUAUCUUUGCAUUUUUGAUUAACGAUAAAGGAGAAAAAGAAUUGAUAACACCGCCAUUGGAACAAGGUGUCAUUUUACCAGGAAUUACUAGAGAUUCAAUUCUUACAAUUACAAGAGAUUGGAAUCAAUUCAAAGUUACUGAGAGAAAAAUAACAAUGGACGAAGUGAUCAAGACUCUUGAACAAGGUCGAUUAUUGGAAAUGUUUGGAGCGGGAACAGCGGCUGUUGUCAGUCCAAUCAGUAGGAUUAACUACCAGGACAAAGAUUAUCUAAUUCCGACCAUGAAAAGUAAAAUCGCGAUCGCGCAGUAUAAGAAUUAACAGCUUCAAAUCAUCGACAUCGAAAUUUCCUUCGAUCAUCGAUGACCAUAAACAUCACUACUCUCUCUUACCCUUAGUCUUUGGUUUCAACUUGAAACUUUCAACCUUGUGAUUACCAUGCUUUCUGUGAAUCAAUUGC